UACACAAUCCCACCGUGCAAUUCGCACACAUUCCACAUUCUCGACAGACAAAGACAGGGACAGUAGUGUGAAACAAGGUUAUAGCCGGAAAACCAGUUGCCGAGAUCCGAAUAGCUCAAUGGGAGGUGCGGAAGCUUUGAAUCCUUCUUCAAGUUUGUGGCUUGCUUCAAACCCGAGCAAGAGAUGGGCGGAGCUUUUCUUCCUUUCCUACACUCCGUUCUGGCUGACGCUGUGUUUGGGGAUCGUGGUUCCGUACAAGCUGUAUGAGAGUUUUACAGAAUUGGAAUAUUUGCUUCUGGGGAUGGUUUCGGCAGUUCCUUCUUUUGUAAUUCCUUUGGUAUUUUGUGGAAAGGCUGAUAGUGGCAUCUGUUGGAAGGAUCGGUAUUGGGUCAAGGCUAGUAUGUGGAUAAUCAUUUUUAGCUAUGUCGGGAAUUAUUUCUGGACCCACUACUUCUUUACUGUUCUUGGAGCUUCUUAUACCUUUCCGUCAUGGAAAAUGAAUAACGUACCACACACAACAUUCCUUCUCACCCAUGUUUGCUUCCUAUUCUACCACGUUGCGUCAAACAUGACAUUACGCAGAUUAAGGCAUGCAAUUGCUGACUUGCCUGAUAAAGUUCGGUGGGCUACUGAGGCUGCAUGGAUUUUAGCUCUGUCAUAUUUCGUAGCAUACCUGGAGACCAUAGCUAUUUCCAAUUUCCCUUAUUAUGAAUUUGUGGACAGGACAUCCAUGUACAAAGUUGGGUGUUUGUUUUAUGCCAUUUACUUCAUAGUAAGCUUCCCGAUGUUUCUGAGGAUUGAUGAGAAACCAGGUGAUUUGUGGGACUUACCAAGAGUGGCCGUUGAUGCUCUGGGUGCUGCGAUGCUGGUCACCAUAAUACUUGAUUUAUGGCGCAUUUUCUUGAGACCCAUUGUUCCACUAAAAGAAACAAACCAAUGCCUUCAACCUGGCCUUCCAUGGUUUCAGGGACAUGCUAAUGGAACCUGACAAGUGACAACCAAUGGCUGAAAACCUGGUUUUAGUUCCAUGUCACAGAAGAAGUGGAGCCUUAGAAUUGUAACCUAAAUACUGGCACUACAUUCUUGUGGAUUACACAGAUACUUGCCAGUAUGUAAUCGAAU